AAAUUGACAACAACGCAUAUGCAAGUCGUGCUCUCGGUGCUCUCAGAUUUUUCCGGUGUAAUCCAUUUCACACAGAAUUUUCAGUAUUUCCAUAUUCUUUGCUUGUGUGAUCGAAAUAACUGACCCUAAAACACCAACCGCGUAAUCCGUAGAAAACAAAAAUGCAAAGAGUUUCCCGCAAACGUAAGCUGACAGAAAAGGCAUUGAAUAAUCCGGAACUUGAACGCUUCCGAAUAAAAACUGAAAUCAAGUCAGAACCGGACGGAGAGCCGCCGCCUUUUCCAGCGCUGUUCUGUUACCUGUGCAAACUGUCCUCCGGUGUUAAGUUGUUGGUUCUUCAAGCAAACGGCCCCAAACAAGCGGAACCUUCCACGGUGGACAAGAUAAAGGCAUGCAUCGGAUGGGAGAUUAUGCCCGAAAUGGACGAAACGAGCCGGAUUUGCCGGCCGUGCUUACGCAAACUGGGCGGGCACUACGAUUUCUGGAAACAGGCCUUGCAGUGCAAUAAUUACGCCCAGAAUCAGAUGGCCGCGGACGAAGCCGAAGUGACCGAUGCCCCAGCGGAGAUUCGGGUGUGUAGGUUUUGUCUGAAAAUCGGUGGCAAGCUGCUGGAUCUACACCCACAAGGAGACGAUUCGGAUGUUCUCCUGUUGAAGCAGAUUCGGAACUCUUUGGGCGUCGAGGUAAAUUCCGAGGAUGCUGUAACCAAGAUUUGCCGCGCUUGUAUUCAAAGGAUUCAGGAUUUCCUGGAUUUCCGGGAGAAGCACCUACCUAUUUCGGUGUUUGUGAAACAGGAGAACGGUAUUGAAAGACCAGAGGAAUCAAAUGCAUCGGAACAAGAGGAUGAAACAUUCCAGCCCGGCAAUGAUUUAGAUUUGGAAAUGUGCGUUUCCGAUUCGGACUGUUCGAUUGAUGAGAGCGAGCGGACAGAUCCUUUGACAAAGGGGAAGCUACGAGUGGGAGCGAUUAGUGCUGAGCUUUCGGAAUUACUUGGUACCGAGAUGGAUGGAAGAAAUUUCUUAGCUAGGAAAGACGACGGGGAGAAAUUCGUUGUAAUUUUUGAAGGGUAUCAGUAUCGGUUCUUUUCAAUGCAGGAAAGUGGGGGAUCUUCAUGGGUUUGCCUUGAAAAAAGACUGCGAUCGUGCAGAGCAAAGCUGGAAAUUGAUCCAACUGGUAAGCGUGCCUCUGUUAUUGGAAGAAUUGAUAGUCACACUCAUUCGAACAGGCCAGCGAAACUAAUGGAAUGCCCGGCUGGGAAAGGAUUUGCAGAAUGCAAUGGCACUCAGGAACCUUUUUGGUUUUUCCAUGGCGAACAGACAAGAAGUAGUAAGCAAACCAGAAGCAUCAUAUUUAAGAACUACCGAUAUUUUCUGCAUCAAAUUAGAAACAAUGGCACCAUGAGCGUUUGGUAUUGUAUUCAGAGAGCAGAGAAGUGCAGAUGUAUUCUAAACAUCUCCAGGAUAUUUCAGCGCAUUGAAAUUAAAAGUUCGCACAAUCAUAAGCCAGUUACGCAAAAAAAGAUAGAUGCCGUAUUGGACAAAAUUGGGAUCGGAUCAGAAUCGACGGAGGCGAUCAGUGCAUUCCAGAGGGAUGUAAGUGAUGACGAAAUUGUAGAUCGUAACGGCCGAUCGACGAAAGAACAGCAGCAAAGUGCCAUUAAAGCGAUUACUAAGGAGAAACAGCCAGAGAUUUAUAGUAUUCUCAGUGUGGAGGAUCCCGAACGGAAAUUCGAGUGUUUUCACGCUGGUCCAAAGAUGAAGAUUAAGAAGGAUGGCUAUGAGUACAGAUACUUUGGUAAGCAAGAAGACGGGUCUACGUUGUGGAAGUGUACUAUGGAUUCUUUGCUUCACUGCUCAUUGGUAGUUAGGGUUGAUAAAGAUGGCAGAAGUUUUGACCCAUUCAAAGGGACUAAGCAUAGUCACAAGAUAGAACCAGCUACACUAUUUGGUUACGCUUUAGGCAAACGGAUGAUAGGAGAUGAGCCACUAUGGCUAAUUCCUCGAUUUUCCAUGUAUUACGAAGGUCGCUGCGUGAUUUAUCGAGAACACGUUUACAUAAUAUUGGAUAUAAAUCGCAAAGGAAUUGUGCGCUGGAAGUGCCUUAGAAAUCACUCGUGCAAAGCGCUGUUGAUUGUGAAGGGCGAUUUCGAGGAGCUCACUUUUCGCAAAACCCAUUCCCACGAAAAAACCGCUCAAGAAAUCCUAACGAAAUUGAUAGAAGGUCACUCGACUCCAAUGGAAUCCGACGAGGAGCUUACCUUCAAACAAAGACUGCUUUCCUACCCAUCCACGGUUGGGAAAAUCUGGAACGAAACAACCCAUCAAUUCGAACCAUUCUACAUUCUGAAAACUAUGAAAACCGGAGAAACGGUAACCUGUGGUUUGGUAUUCCACAAAUUCCGAUACGUUUUAGCAACGGUUGAUCAGAACGAAACAAGCCGAUGGACGUGCACAAAGCACAACAUCCAGAACUUCAAAUGCAAAGCGGCCGUUAUCGUAGAGGGGCUUUAUGAUUCAAUCUGCAUUAAAAAUCAGCACAACCAUGAAGCAAUGUUGGAUUCUGAGGUCGAGCUGAUGAUCAAGCGAAGUGUCGCCGAUACCCCAUUGGAAGAUGGUCAAUCCAAAGGCGGUUUGGUAGAAAUGUCGGACAAAGCAGCCAGGUCAAGCAAUGUCCUGUCCCUACUUGCGCGACAGGAUCUAGACAGGAAUUUUGAAGUAACGAGAGUUAGGUCAAAGCUAAUCAUACGUUACGAAGAUGAAGACUUCCGGUUGAGAUCCCGCCAAGCUGAUGGAACCAGUUUGUGGAGCUGUACUUGGCUGAAGAUUCGCCUUUGCCCAGUUGUGCUCAGUUUGAGUGCAGACGGCAAACGCCUCACGCCGAUAGAUUCGACAAAGGAGCAUAACCACUCCGUAGAACAAGUGGCCGUUUAUCAUAUGAACUUAGGAAAGGGGCAAAUCUACGAUGAAAACAGGCGAGUGUAUUCCUCGUAUUGGCUCUUCGGUUUCCCUUGGGAGUAUCGAGAAUCUCGUGGAAUGAUCUACCAAGGCAAUAAAUACUACCUCAACAUCAUUGGAAACAAUCAGAUGAGCAGCUGGAAGUGUCGAAUAAAGAAUUGCAAGGCUUAUGUCCGCAUAGAAGGCACUUGUAAGACUUUGUUUCACAAGCACCAACACAUCCACGAUCGUCUCGCCGAUGAUGAUAUUCUUGCCAUCACCAACUCAACCGAAGUGGAUCAAGAUCUACUGGAAGACGUAAGUCCUCCUGAAAUAACCAUCGAUCCGAAAACCCAAGUAGGGCCACUUCGUCCAAUUACUCUGCAACACGUGCUCUCAUCAAAUGACCCGGACAGAAAUUUUCACGUGACGAUCUUGAAAGAUCAAAUGAAAAUACACCAACAUCGCUAUGAAUACUACUACCGAUCUUCCAACGAGACCCACUCCCUUUGGAAGUGCGUCUUCUUCACAAUCCGAAGAUGUCGUGCCACUCUCCACCUAAGCAACGACUGCAAAACAGCAACCCUACCGGACGUCCCGAAGCACAACCACAGGGACGAACUGUGGGACAUGUUCUACUAUCCGCUUGGAAAGCACAGCAUCAUGGACGCCUACACCGAAACGGUGAAACCGUUUUGGUUCCUAAUGCAACCAGGCUUCUUCCGAUCGCACCCUAUGCUAAUCUACGAGGAGAACAAAUUCACCCUUGCGUCGAUCACUGAAAAUGGGGACAGCAGCCGGUGGCGAUGCGUUGCACAUCUCUGUCGGGCCACGUUGACCGUUACGGGACUGUUUGAGCUGGUGGUCGGCGGUCAUCCGCACAACCACGAGCCGCAGCCGGAGUCAAAGCGAAUCCAGUGGAUACGACAAUAUGGAACGCCCUGUGGAGGCAAUGCGGAAGAUGACACAGACGUGAUACCGUUUGUCAAAGUGGAAAUGGAAGACUGUGAUUCGAUGGCUUACGAGGAUGAUACCUAUGUAGAGAUGUAAAGAUUAUUACACUUACGAAUCAAAGUUGUAAAUUAAUGAUAAAGAAUGUUGUUUAAAGAUAAAAAA